CAACAACACGUGGCAAUAUUCGGUAGGGGGAAGUGGCGAAGCCGAUACCGGAAGGAGCAAGGAUGGUCUUUUGCCAUUUUACACAGACGGCCACACCACGCCAGGCAACAAUUAACAAGCAAGCAAAGCCAUGUGUAUAACAGUGUUUAUGUGGGAAGCUCACCCGCUUUACCCUUUUCUGUUACUACUUAACAGAGACGAGUAUCUUAGCCGGCCUACCAAGCCGCUGGAGUGGUGGGAGGGAGGACAGAUUUUAGGAGGGAAAGAUGAGAUGGCUGGUGGGACGUGGCUGGCUUCUUCUAAAAAUGGUAAAUUUUCUUUUCUUACUAACUUCAGGGAAGUUCAAUCAAUCCCUCAAGCUAAGAGUAGAGGAGACCUUCCUGUUCGUUUUCUGCAGAGUAAGAAAAGUCCCAUGGAUUUUGCAGAGGAUUUGGUGAAGGAAGUAGAUCAGUACAAUGGGUUUAACCUGGUAUUAGCUGAUAUUUGUUCCAAAUCCAUGGUUUAUGUAACCAACAGACCUGAAGAAGGCAAAAGUUUUGUGACAGAGGUUUCACCAGGAAUCCAUGUAUUAGCAAAUGCAAGGCUCGACUCUCCAUGGCCUAAGGCUGAGCGUUUGAGCCACAGUUUCAAACAGCUUUUGGAGAAAUAUGGUGAAGGUGAACUUCCCAUGAAAGGGAUGGUCGAUAAACUAAUGUUAGACACUACCAAGGAUGAUGAACACUUGCUUCCUCACAUUUAUUCUCCUGAGACAGAAUACAGCUUAAGUUCCAUAUUUGUUGAUGUAGAGCGUCCCUUGGGACGAUAUGGCACCAGAAGCAUUUCUGCAUUGUCGGUGAACUCGAUUGGCGAAGUGUAUUUUUAUCAAAGAUAUCUUGAGAAGGAAAUGUGGGAAGAACAUACAGUGACUUACCAGAUUGAGAACUAGAAGGUUUUGCAUUGUGGCACAAGUGGCGCAUGCACAGCCAUCAUCACAACCUACAAAAUGUCUUGCCGGUUCCGGUGACUUAAGUCUUGCCGCAGGGGCAGGGGUUGCAGCUGCAAUGUUCACCACAAGAGCACAGUUUGUGGUCAUACUGGCUCGUGGCUUUACUUGAGCAUGUGCCCACAAAAUUCCAUGGUUUUACAAACAGAAGAUAUUUAAUUAAAGGGACGAAGUUGCAGCAAUUAAAAUGGACUCACUUGCAAGCCAUUCCCCCGGGACAGGGGGAAGUACACCCACAGGUGGUGUUGCAGUGAACUACACCUCCCUUCAAUACAUCUGCCAUUUUAGUUUCUUCUCAAGAAGGUAAACUCAAAGGGGCUAAGCCGAGAUUGAUAUAUAUAUAUGGGUUCAUUCAAACAGGUCUAGAGGAAACAGACUAACACGUAUCUGGAAUGGAGAAUUCAUGCAUAUCUCUGGAAACACAUAGAAUCUGCUUAAAUACAAAAAGUCUAGAAUACAAACAUAAAAAUUUUCAGCUA